AUGAAGAUCGCAGGAGCCUUCGUACUAGCCGGUUUGUUGGCUUUGGCCAGCGCCGAGUGGAUCGACAUCGAUUGGUCCCAGGUGAAGCACAUCGACGAGUUUGAUCACUACUGGCAGCGAUUGCCGGCAGAAUGGCAACGUUAUCGUACGGCUGUUCCAUCUCACCGCAUCGUGAACGGUGUUGAGGCUCUACCUGGUCAGUUCCCGUAUCAGAUCGCGCUGCUGAGCAACUUUGGAACUGGUACUGGUCUUUGCGGUGGUACCGUCAUCACGAACAACUACAUCCUGACGGCGGCCCAUUGUGUCGUCGGAGGUUCUGGUCUGGCCAUCGAUGGUACUGCGAUCCUUGGAGCUCACGAUCGUACUGUUGUGGAGCCGACUCAACAGCGUAUUGCAUUCAGCCAGGCUGGUAUCGCUGUUCAUCCAGGUUACGACUCGUCCACCAUCCGCAAUGACAUCGCGACUGUGCGUCUGAACACGCCGGCUGUCUUCAAUGCUCGUGUUCAGCCGAUCGAUCUUCCGGCUCGUUCGGAUAGCCGCACGUUUGCUGGACUCGAAGGUACUGCUUCUGGUUUUGGACGUACCUCGGAUGCACUUCCUGGCACCUCGCCAGUGGUGAUGUUCACGCGUAACCCCAUCCUGUCGAAUGCCGCUUGUAACAGCUUCUGGAGCACGGCUUUGGUGCAGGAUCAGAACGUGUGCUUGGAUGCUGCUGGUGGACGUUCGCCGUGCAAUGGAGAUUCGGGUGGUCCGUUGGCUGUGCAGGAUGCUGGAAACAGCCUUGAGGUUGGCAUUGCUUCGUUCGUGUCGGCACAGGGAUGUGCUUCCGGUGCUCCGUCGGUGUGGGUGCGCAUCUCGUUCUUCCGUGAUUGGAUCGAGCAGAACUCGGACUACGUGUUCCGUGCACUUGAAGACAGCACCAUGAAGGCAACGUUGAGUGUGUUGGCCCUGCUGGCCGUGUGUUUGGUCGCUAGUGCCGAGUGGAUCGACAUCGAUUGGUCGCAGGUGAAGCCGAUCGACGAGUUCGAUCACUACUGGCAGCGCUUGCCGGCGGAACUGCAGAUCCUGCGUCAUGCUCGUCCUGCCCAUCGCAUCGUGAAUGGUGUUGAGGCUCUACCUGGUCAGUUCCCGUACCAGAUCGCACUACUAAGCACUUUCGUUGGCGGUGGUUCUGGUCUGUGCGGUGGUUCCGUCAUCACGAACAACUACAUCCUGACGGCGGCCCAUUGUGUGGUCGAUGGCAAUGGAGCUCUCGCCACUGAAGGUACUGCGAUCCUUGGAGCGCACGAUCGCACCGUGAAUGAACCGUCUCAGCAACGCAUCAGCUUCAGCCAGUCGGGAGUGUUUGUCCACCCGAGCUACAACCCAACGCUCAUCCGCAAUGACAUCGCGACUGUGCGUCUUAACACCCCGGCAGUCUUCAACGAUCGUGUUCAACCGAUCGAUCUUCCGGCACUCUCGGACGAUCGUACGUUCGCUGGACUUGAAGGUACUGCUUCCGGUUUCGGACGUACCUCGGACGCACUUCCGGGCGCAUCUCCAGUGAUCAUGUUUACGCGCAACCCUGUCAUGUCGAAUGCUGCUUGUGUGAGCGCGUGGAACAUCAUCCUCGUGUCGGACCAGAACGUGUGCCUGGACGCGACUGGCGGUCGUUCUGUGUGUAAUGGUGACUCUGGUGGUCCGCUGUCGGUGCAGGAUGGUGGCAAUAGCCUGGAGGUUGGUAUCGCUUCGUUCGUUUCCGCACAGGGAUGUGCUUCCGGUAUCCCGUCGGUGUGGGUGCGCGUCUCCUUCUACCGGGACUUUAUCGCACAGAACUCGGACUACGAGUUCCGGGCUUAA